UGAGUGUAGGAGACAGGGAGAGGGGGAUGGGCUUGCUGUACCCAAAGAGGGCAACAUCAUGACAAAAGGGAGUAGGCAAACGCAGGUCGGGGACAGGCGAGAGUUCAUAUACCAGGUCAGAGUCCAAACAGUACAAGGGGAUAGGCAGGCUGGUAGUCAGAACAGGCAGGCGGGUUCAGAGUCUGGACAGUUAAGGGUUGAAACCAGGAGGACUAGAAACGUACAGAAACUGGGGGAAAAUGGAGCAAGGAAAACCACUGGUUGACUUGGAAAACAAGACGAACUGGCACAGAGAGACAGGAAACACAGGGAUAUAUACAACGGGGAUAAUAGGAGGGGGUGGAGAUAAUCACAAGGACAGGGAGACUUUGAGGUCAAGGUGGACUUGGCAAGUGACACACUACGAGAUCUGAGACAGAAGCUCUCUGAUGAAAGUGGAAUCCCAGCACAUGUCCUCCAUUACAAACGUGAACGCGGUGGAGUUGGACAGACUUUGCUAGAUUGUGGAAUCAAUAAGGAGUCAACUGUGGGCUUUUCUCUGUCCUCCUUCCCUGAUGAGCGUCCAGACAUUAAGGAAUUCUACUUCAAUGAUGUCGUACCCUCAGUGCAACAAUCCCAGAAAGGACUCAGUGCUUUCUUUUCUUCACUUUAUGCCAUUAACGAUAAACAUUAUGGAGAGGGAAUGAACAAAGUGAUUGCAUACAUUCGAAAGCUCAGUGGGUGCAAUCCUCUGGCCCAGAGUCUGCAUCAGCUGUUGUGCAGAAAGGAGGUUGGAACAACGACCCAGAAGGUUGCUAUCGUUGAAGGAUUGUACAAUCUCUUCAGAGAGCUGUUGCCAAGCCUCCAGAAAAGAAGAGGUGACAAAAUCAUUGAAGACUCAGAUGUUUUUGAGAAUGCACCAGUGUGCUGGGCCUACCUGUUAUCUGAAGCAAAGAAAGAGAGUUCACAACAUGAGGUCUAUGCACCGAUAGUCUUGAACUCUCAACCUGGAGAACGUUUCUGCGACCCAGUUCGAGUUCCUGGGUUACCAGAUGUCUUUGAGAGAGAGUAUGUUCUGCAGAAAAUCAAAGAUGGAGAGAAAAUCCCAAACUGCUCUGUGGAGAUCCUGACAGAGACUUCAAUGUCUAGAGCCUCUGAUGUUGAAAAGAUUUUACUCAGCCUGCCUCCAUCCAUCAAGACGUUCCCUGUUUGGAUUUCGUAUGGACGUGUAACUGGUCAAAACUUUCAGAUCAAUCUAGAUGGGACAUUUACAGAGAUGACUAAAGAAUUGAAAGCAUACCCUCAUCUGACGGUCACUCCACCACUGCUGUUGAAGGAUUUAGGAGUGGAUGGGCCACGUCUCGUUCUUUUGAAAGAAGAUAACCUUGGUGUUUACAUCGGUAAACAAAAAGGAUCUCCUCAGGAUAUCAAGGUUUUUGAUUGCUUAGCUGGGAAAUGCAAAACGUUUAAUGUGGACGAGUUGGCUCAUGAAAUGAGAGACACCAGGAGUGACCAGACAUUCAUGACCAGCAGGACACCAGAAGAGGCCAUACUGGUGCUAGUGGAUUCAAGCUCCUCCAUGAAUGAGACAUGCUAUGAUUCCGAUGACAACAUGACACGGUUGGAUGCUGUUAAACAGCUCUUUGAUAACUUUGCAACUAGAAGCAUGGCGUACAAUUUUCAUCAUGUCAUUGGCUUGGUGAAGUUUGACUCAUCAGUUAAAACUCUCCACACAUUUACAGAGAAUUUGGAGACCUUUAAGGUAAAUAUAUUUUAUAAUUUUAUGAAGGCAAAAUGGCAAAUUGGUUAAACUCUCCUCUGUGGUUUGCCGCUUGCAAACAAAAAUAUAAACGCAACAUGCAACAAUUUCAAAGAUUUUACUGAGUUACAGUUCAUAUAAGGAAAUCAGUCAAAUGAAAAAAAAACAUUUAUAAGUCACACCAGAUACUGACUGGUUUUCUGAUCCACACCCCCUUUUUUUUUUUAAACAGUUGAAUAUUUGUAUUCCAUAGAUUAGGGCCUAAUGAAUUUAUUUCAAUUGACUUAUUUCCAAAUCCUUGAAUUUGUCACAUGUUGAAUUUAUAUUUUUGUUCAGUAUACGAACAUCACAUAAUAUUAGCAUUUUAAGUAAACAUUUUUGGCACUUACAGGAACACGUACACAGUCUGGAGGCCAAUGGAUGCACUGUGCUGUAUGAUGCCUUGAAACGU